GAGAGCACAGUGUCACACACAGACAGAUUGCCCCCUCUCACUGCCACUGGGGAGGGGACGUGGGGACUUGUCCAGUGUAACUGACUAGCCAAGAAAAGCCAAAACAAUGUCGGAGGUCAGAAAAUUCACCAAAAGGCUGAGUAAGCCUGGGACUGCCGCAGAGCUGAGACAGAGCGUGUCCGAGGCUGUCAGGAGCUCCGUUAUCAUGGAAAAAACCCGAAUGGUGGAACCUUUGGACUACGAAGCCGUGAUAUCCCAAAGAAAAGCUCAGAUUUUCAGUGAUCCGCACAGAGAUUUGUUGAUGUUUCCCAUGGAAGAUGUCUUUAUCUCUACAGUGGAACGUCAGCAGAGAACUGUACAAUCCACGGUGCCGGAUGAUGCUGAAAGCAAGGCACGGAAUCUGUUUGUGAAAGAGUGCAUAAAAUAUUACAGCUCUGGUUGGAAGGUGAUAGACUACAAAUACGAUGAAUAUUCAGGAGAUUUUCGCUGUCUGCCCUGCAAAUCAUUUCGUCCAGAGAAGACUCCGAGCCAUGUAUUUGAAAUAGAUGAAGACUACGACAAAGAUGAGGAUUGUUCAUCCAUUUGUUCUCAGAAAGGAGGAAUCAUCAGGCAAGGUUGGCUUUAUAAAGCCAACAUCGGAACCACCAUCCCUGUUACAAUGAAGGUGUUUCGUAGAAGAUACUUUUAUCUGACUCAGCUCCCUGAUGGCUCAUACAUUCUGAACUCUUACAAGGAUGAGAAAAAUUCCAAAGACUCUAAAGGCUGCAUCUUCCUGGAUUCCUGCAUUGAUGUGAUCCAGUGCCCUAAGAUGCGCCGUAAUGCUUUUGAGCUCCGAAUGCUGGAUAAGUCGAGCCAUUAUCUGGCAGCAGAAACUGAACAGGAAAUGGAGGAGUGGCUGCUUACAUUGAAGAAAAUCAUCCAGUUCAACACAGAGUGUUUGGUGCAGGAGAAGAAAUACACGGCAGAACCUGUACAAGAUGAUGAAUGCAGCGUUCAGGGAAAAUCAGAGAAUAUUAUGGAAAGCCUGGAAAGAAGCAUGCAUCCUGAGCUGGUCAAGUAUGGAAGAGAGACUGAGCACCUGAACAAGUUAAGUAGAAGCGAAGGAAGACAAAACCUAUUUUCCUUUGACUCUGAUGUGCAGAGAUUGGAUUUCUCAGGCAUCGAGCCAGAUAUAAGACCAUUUGAAGAGAAAACCGGUAGACGAUUCAUAAUGAAAUGCCAGGAGCUAAGCUUUAAUAUUCUUAUGAAUGUAACAGAACAAUCAGAAGGAUCCUUAACAAAUGUGGAGCCUUUCUUUGUCACUCUUGCAUUGUUUGAUAUCAAAAACAAUUGCAAGAUUUCUGCUGAUUUCCAUGUGGAUCUUAACCCUCCAGCAGUUCGAGACAUGUUGCCCAAUUCCUCACCUAAUGGUGCUAGAGAUGGAAAUUCCAAAAGAUCUUCAGCCAUUGAAAAGUAUAUCCAUGGGAUUUCUGAAUGUCAUUUGCAGGAUAUAAAAGAGGCAAUAUUCUCAGUGACAAAUCCUCAUCCUGAAAUCUUCCUGGUGGCACGUGUGGAAAAAGUGUUACAGGGAAACAUCACACACUGUGCCGAGCCAUACAUCAAAUCAUCAGAUCCUGCUAAGACUGCUCAGAAAGUUCACAAGAUGGCUAAACAGGUGUGCGGCCGACUGGGUCAAUACAGGAUGCCGUUCGUUUGGGCAGCAAGGACAUUAUUCAGGGACACUCAAGGAACACUGGAUACUGAAGGGAAAUUCUCUCCUUUAUACAGACAAGAUAGCAGCAAAAUCUCCAAUGAGGAUCUCCUAAAACUACUGGCUGAAUACAGAAAACCAGAGAAAACAAAACUCCAAGUCAUCCCUGGACAGCUGACCGUAUCCAUAGAAUGCGUCCCACUGGAAACUUCAAACUGUGUCACUUCCUCCUAUGUUCCCAUCAGACCAUACAACAAGGAGAAUCAAAGGAUUGCUGUUGAGGUGGAGGAAUUUGUGCCAGAAGUGACCAAAUACUGCUACCCAUUCACCACCUACAAAAACCAGUUCUACAUCUAUCCUUUGCACUUAAAAUAUGAUAGCCAAAAAACAUUUGCAAAGGCAAGAAACAUUGUGGUCUCCAUUGAAUUCAGAGAUUCAGAUGAACCAGAUUCACAAGCUCUGAAGUGUAUUUAUGGGAAGCCCGGUGGACCCCUGUACAUCACCAAUGCAUUUGCUGCUGUAUUGCACCAUAACCAAAGCCCAGAGUUCUACGAUGAGAUAAAGCUUGAACUUCCACUGUACCUUCAUCAGAAACACCAUCUGCUGUUUACAUUCUACCAUGUGAGCUGUGACAUCAGUACAAAAGCAGGCAGCAAAAAGAACGACACUGCUGAAGUGCCCGUCGGAUACAGCUGGGUCUCUUUGCUGAAAGAUGGCCGGAUUAUGACCUCCGAGCAGCAGCUGCCAGUUUCUGCCAAUCUGCCUCCAGGAUACCUGAGUCAUAGUGAUUCUCAGAUGAAAAAGGCUAGCAGCGAUGUUAAAUGGGUAGAUGGAGCAAAACCUCUAUUUAAGAUCCGAGGUCAUUUGGAGUCCACUGUUUACACGCAAGAUAUGCAUCUCUAUAAUUUUUUUGAAUGCUGCGAAAAGAUUCAGUCUGGAUCGAAGGAUGUCCCCGGGGACCUUGUCAAAUAUUUAAAGUGGUUACAUGCCAUGGAGGUCCAGGUGAUGAUUCAGUUUCUGCCUAUAAUUCUCAAUCAGCUUUUUCAUGUUUUGAUACAUUUUUCUCAGAAUCAGGAAGACGAGGUGGCUUUAAAUUGUACUUUAGUUCUCCUUCAUGUUGUUUCAAAAUGCCACGAGGAAGGACUGGAUCAUUAUCUGAGGUCCUUUAUUAAGUAUGUUUUUAAAAUAGAGAAGCCAAGUUCUCCGCAGAGCAAAAAUCUGCAUGAAAUCCUGGUAGCUACGAUGAUUACAGUACUGAAACAGUCGGCUGAUUUCCUGGCAAUUAACAAGUUAUUAAAGUACUCCUGGUUUUUCUUUGAAGCUUUGGCAAAAUCUAUGGCCUUAUUCCUGAUUGAAGAAAACAAGAUAAAGCUCCCCAGACCUCAACGAUUCCCUGAUUCCUUCCAGAAUGCCUUGCACUCUUUGCUCCUCUCAAUAAUUCCUCAUGUUACCAUAAGGUAUGGUGAGAUACAAGAAGAAUCUAGAAACGUGAACAUGAGUUUGGCCAACUUCAUCAAGAGAUGCCUCACUUUUAUGGACCGAGGAUUUGUCUUCACACUAAUGAAUGAUUACAUGUCUGGAUUUAGUCCCAAGGACCCAAAGAUACUGACAGAAUACAAAUUUGAGUUUCUUCAAACCAUUUGCAACCAUGAGCACUUCAUCCCUCUAAACCUUCCAAUGACAUUCACAAAGCCCAAGCUGCAACGAGUUCAAGAUUUAUUCUCAUAUGCUGUGGAUCGAAUUACUUCUGUAGAUGUAAAUCUGGAAUACAGUUUAACGGAUGAUUACUGCAAGAAUCAUUUCUUGGUCGGUCUGCUGUUGAGAGAAGUUUUGCAAGCUAUCCAGGAAACAUAUGAUGCAAGAUAUAUUGCCAUAUCUUCAUUAAAAUACCUCUUAAUCAAGCAUGCAUUUGAUAACAGAUACCAACACAAGAACCAGCAGGCUAAGAUUUCCCAGUUAUACCUUCCACUGAUCGGAAUGCUCUUAGAAAAUGUACCUCGGUUUACCGGGAAAGAUACAUCGGUCCUCUCCACUGCCAUGUCGAAUUCCGCUUCCCGGGACAGCUUUAUAUGCAGUUUUCCAACAUCAUCUAACAGAUCAAGCUUAAUCAUGGAAAAAGAUUCCGGUUUCAGCUUAACUUUGCCCAAUGGCUGUGCGAUGAGAAGAGAGGACUCACGAGGCUCAAUCUUUGCAGAUGGUGCUGGAGAGCAAAGUGUCAAUGGGGAAAAUAUGCGUAGAAGUUCCACUAAGAGCAGUGUAUCCCUUCAUAGCAGAUUGGAUCCAUACGAGAUUAAAAGUCUUCUCAUCUGUUACCUUUACAUUGUUAGAGUCAUUUCAGAAGACUCGUUGGUCAGUUACUGGCAUAAACUACCUCCAUCUGAGCUCUUAAACUUUCUAACACUCCUGGAAGUUUGCCUGUACCACUUCAGAUACAUUGGGAAACGAAAUAUAGCAAGAGUCCAGGAUGGAUGGGUAUCAAAACAUUUGGGAGCAGACAGAAAGUCCCAGACCAUGCCUGCACUUCGAAGCCGGACAGGAGCACUUCAAACUCGUCUGCAACACCUUAGCAGUUUGGAAAGUUCCUUUACCCUCAACCACAGCACAGGUACUUCUGAAGCAGACAUUUUACAUCAGGCGUUACUUGAAGGGAAUUGUGCAACGGAAGUCUCUUUAACAAUACUGGACACCAUUUCUUUCUUCACACAAACUUACAGGACACAGCUUCUCAACACAGAUUGUCACAACCCUCUCAUGAAGAAGGUUUUCGAUAUUUAUCUGGCUUUUUUGAAAAAUGGCCAGUCAGAAGCAUGCCUAAAACACGUCUUUGCAUCACUUAGAGGCUUCAUCAGCAGGUUCCCCUCAGCAUUCUUUAAGGGAAGAGUCAAUAUGUGUGCAGCCUUUUGCUAUGAGGUCCUCAAGUGCUGUACGUCAAAGCUCAGCUCCACCAGGAAUGAGGCAUCUGCACUUCUCUACCUGCUCAUGAGAAAUAACUUUGAGUUCACAAGGAGGAGAACAUUUCUUCGGACACAUUUGCAGAUUAUAAUUGCUGUAAGCCAGUUGAUUGUUGACGUAGCUCUCAGCGGUGGCUCCAGAUUUCAAGAAUCUCUUUCAAUAAUUAAUAAUUUUGCAAACAGUGACAGAGCGAUGAAGUCAACUGCUUUUCCAUCAGAAGUCAAAGACUUGACUAAGAGAAUCCGUACAGUUAUCAUGGCAACAGCCCAAAUGAAGGAGCAUGAAAAGGAUCCAGAAAUGCUAAUAGACCUUCAGUAUAGUUUGGCAAUAUCCUAUGCAAGUACCCCUGAACUGAGAAAGACGUGGCUGGAAAGCAUGGCCAAAAUCCACGUGAAAAAUGGAGAUUACUCCGAGGCUGCAAUGUGUUACAUUCAUGUGGCUGCCUUAGUUGCAGAAUUCCUCUACAGAAAAAAAUUAUUCCAUAGCGGAUGUUCUGUGUUUAAGAAGAUUACACCCAAUAUUGACGAGGAAGCUGGCAUGAAAGAUGAUGCUGGAAUGAUGGAUGUUUACUAUAGCGAGGAAGUACUAGUGGAAUUGCUCGAGCAGUGUGUAGAUGGAUUGUGGAAAGCAGAACGAUAUGAAACCAUUUCUGAGAUCUCUAAAUUGCUUGUUCCAAUUUAUGAGAAGAGGCGAGAAUUUGAGAAACUCACCCAGCUUUAUAGAACCCUUCAUGGGGCUUACACAAAAAUUUUAGAAGUCAUGCAAUCUGGAAAAAGACUUCUUGGAACGUAUUUCAGGGUGGCAUUUUAUGGGCAGGCUUUUUUUGAAGAUGAAGAUGGCAAAGAGUACAUCUAUAAGGAACCCAAACUCACAGGACUGUCUGAGAUAUCUUUACGGCUCCUCAAUCUGUAUGGUGAAAAAUUUGGAGCAGACACUGUAAAAAUGAUUCAGGAUUCUAACAAGGUAAACGUGAAAGAACUUGAUGCAAAAUUUGCCCACAUUCAAGUAACCUAUGUGAAACCAUACUUGGAAGAACACGAACUGGUUGACAGGAAAACCAAUUUUGAGAAAAACCAUAAUAUUAACCGAUUUGUAUAUGAAACUCCAUACACUCUGUCAGGGAAGAAGCAUGGAAGUGUGGAAGAGCAAUGCAAAAAAAGAACUAUAUUAACAACGUCCAACAAUUUUCCAUAUGUUAAGAAGAGAAUACCUGUUACCCAUGAGCACCACAUCGAUCUGAAGCCUGUAGAUGUGGCCAUUGAUGAGAUAAAAGAUAAGACAGCAGAUCUUCAGAAGAUAUGCUCAUCAGUAGAUGUGGACAUGAUCCAGUUACAGCUUAAACUGCAAGGAUGUGUCUCUGUGCAGGUAAAUGCUGGUCCUCUUGCCUAUGCCAGAGCGUUCCUUGAUGACAGCCGCUCUAGCAAGUAUCCCAGUAAAAAGAUUAAAGAACUAAAGGAUAUAUUCAAGCAAUUUAUCCAGGCAUGCAGUGUAGCACUAGAAAUGAAUGAGCAACUGAUUAAAGAAGAUCAGAUUGAAUAUCAAGAGGGCUUGAAGUCCAAUUUUAGAGAAAUGGUGAAAGAGCUGUCUGAUAUUAUUCACGAACAGAUGUUUCAGGAAGAUUCCUUGCAUUCAUCCUGGAUGCAGAAUUCCUUACAUGUCUUUUGUGCAAUCAGCGGGACGACAACUGAAUGAGUCUCAGUAAAGAGUCCUACGAAGUGAAGAAAAAAAUCUCAGGAAAACCCUGCACCAAAUCUCAAAAUUGUCCCAUCCCCUAGUGCUUUCCAAGUUCGAAAUGCUUUAAGGAAAUGUAUUAUUUUUUUUAUAUGAAUUGUAUGUUAUUGCCAUGUAAACAAAAUAAAGCU